GAGCACCGUACCGAAAACACGCGUUGUAUUAUAUUAACAUAAUUGAAAACCGUUUUCAAUUUGAAAGAUUUUUAAAAGUACCUUCGGUUGCAACUUAUUCGCUCGGUGCAAUCUUACGAACUUAUAGUCCAAAAGUGAAUUUGAUUUUGUUGGUCCGCGUUUUGAGUCUAAAUUUUAUCUUACAAUCAAAGCGGUUCUCAAUAUUCAACAAGUGUCGGGUGCAAAUACACAAAGGGCUUAUUUUACAAGUGUUGUGCUUUUUAAACAACUUUAUUUGCCUGUCUGUCUGUAUUUGACUAGUGGUUCGGCGUGUACGCGUGUUUUCUUAUCUCGUAUCUUUAGCGUUUUAUUUUAUUUUAUUGUAGAAAAUUUCGUUUAGUUAUUAAAGCAUUUCGGUGCCACCAUUCGAGUCAAUUAUACAAGUUAUUUUUCGCACCAUUUGAUCAACAGUGAAAUAGAAGAAGUAUAGUCUUGUACUGGACACCUUAUAGUAUUGUUAAUACGUAAUUAAGAAGUACAUAUAAAUAGUUUUAUCUUGAAGUUGAGUAAUUUAAAACAUGCUUGUUUUAAGCCAGUUUCAUAAAUCAGCAUUCGGACAAUUCCGCGUGGUGCUUUCCGUGUUACUACACUCUUUAAUAUUCGGAAUAUGGCAAAGAUUAAUCUGGUGGCUGGAUAAGAGAAACGAGCAAAUAUUGAAACCCAUAUGGAUCACGGAUGCCUACGAACAAAACACGAACUUCGCUGCGAUAUUAGGAUACUGUUUGGGAACGAUGCUAAUGAAAACCGGAAGAAAACUUGGAUUCGCUAUCUUAGCAGUUUCCCAGGGGAUUAUUAUGAUAAUUAUUUUAUACACAUCGACCAAAGAGGUCAGCGUUUACAUCAAACAUUACUUCGCUCUGAAUGAAGCGGCUAUGGUUGUACUCACCGCUUGCUUAUUAGGAGAAUACAUUCAUCCCAAUUGCAGAGCGGGGUGUAUUUUCCUACAAAUAUCGGCGCUGCGUUUUGGUAACGCGCUAUCUAUAAUUUUACAUAAAUUCUUUUAUUUCGACACGAUUGCAUCGCUCUGUCUAUUUGUGCAAUGUAUUUCGUGUCUAUGCAUAGGUUUUACGCAAGACCUGAAACCUAUCGGUGACAUGUGCGACAGUGAAGAUUACAAGUUGGUCAAUUAUGAAAACGGUUCGAAUAAAUCGCUUCGAUCGUAUUCGAGAACUUCGACAAUUUACAAUUACCUGAUCAAGCCGAUAAUCAUAAUUACUUUUAGUUUUAUAUUGUCAGAAGGAAGUGGACGCAGCACAUCGUCCUAUAUGAAUUUUUUUGAAACCAAAAUGAGCGAUAUUUCCUAUGUGUACUACAGCGAUUUAAUCUUCUCAAUUGUGUUUUUGAUUUCGUCGGUUUACCUUACAUUUGGCGGGAGUUUUCGCUCCUUACUUUUUACCAUGGGACCCACGGCUAUCAGUGUAUUAGGCAUCGUAAGCGUUCUUUCCUUUUUACAAGCAAACACAAUUAUAUCACUUGACCAAUAUUUAAUACCAUGUCUGAUUUUCAUUUAUUUUGUGGCCGCUUUUUUCGUGUGCACGUAUUUACCAACAAUACUAAUGGCCGAAAUAAUACCAAUGAAAUACAAAGGUACCUGUCUAUUUUUAUCAAAUAUCAUCGGUUUUUUGAUUACGAAAAUUAGUAUUUAUGUAUUCCCUCAUCUAAUUGUAAACGUUAAAUUGUAUGUCGUCUUAAUUGUUUCUCUAAUCAUUGUUACAUUUUGUUUGUUGGUUCUGUAUUUUAUAUUACCCGAAACUAGAGGUAAAACUCUGAAAAACAUUGAAGAACGCAUCGUGAACAUUGGCAUUAAUAUCUGCUUUCAAAAUAUAGACUAUACAAUGGAUAAUGAGAAAUAUAUAUGUUAUCCAAAAUUGACAGACGGAAAUAAAUUCGACUGUUUCGAGUAACAAAGUUUUUCUUCUUAGUUUUUUUUUACUGUUGGCUUACACACUAGAAUUCACGGCCACUUGUAACUAAAUGAUUACCAAUUUUCAUAUAUACAAAAACGUCAAUGCCGAAGCUUAUAUUGAAGCAUAAUUUCGAAUUAAAAACUAAGCCCCCAAAAUGUGAGACAAUAUUAAAUACACACCAUAUUUUACGGCUUACACGCCCGUGCGGUAGCAGAUUGUCCUGGGGUUCAGUAGGUUAGAGGAUAAGCAUUUAAAAUUACAAUUUAAUUACGCCCACAAUUCAAAAGACGAGCGCCAGGGCUCGUCUUGACGCGUAUUAGUGCAUUCUUGAUAUUGUAAUAAAAAUGUUUUUAAAUCACGUAAGUAGAGUUAAGAAUUCGUAGAAUGUAAAGUUAAAUGAAUACUAUUCAUCGCUCAUGUAUGUGUAACGGUAAAAUAUUUUAGUUAUUAAAUUAAUUAACCAAAGAACGCCUUUUUUAAAUUUCGUAAUAUCUAAAUUAUAAAA